AUGGAGCCAAGUGAUCCUAGACUGGUCGAUUUAUGGCCGGCGGGAUCUCAUUCCAAGGAGCAAGAGGCUGUGACUUUGUCCCGCCAGCUUCAGCAAACUGCGAUGGUUUGUCUUUUACAAGAUCAAUUUUUCAUCCGACAUAAGCUCAGCACAUUCGAGGCUUUGCUGAUGGUGAUAUAUAAUCUUUCUCACAAUGAGUCUGUUGAUCAAGGGUGGGCCCUGUUGGGUAUGGCCUUAAAUAUCGGCAUAGCCCUACGGUGCAACGUCGACUCUCAGGGACUUAACCAUCUCGAGACUGAGAGACGCCGACGCUGCUGGGUUGGUAUAUUGACUUUACAUACCUACCAAGCCAUCCUAUUUCGGGAUAUCGACAUGACAUUCCUUCUUGAUAUAAAAACCACAAUGCCCGCAGACGUGAAUGAUGCUGAUAUCACCAAAGAGGGAAUUUCGCGGCCUUCUAGUUCUCCCACCCAGAUGUCUGUGAUGAUGUUCAAAGCUCGACUUUUCCGGAUCUCCACUCAGAUCUGUCACCAUAUAUCUGGUCCUUCACGACUUGAGAUAGAGCCAUUGAAUAAAUUUGAUGCUACAAUCGCCGAGGAACAACAGAGAUGGGACUCCACAUAUCUGGUGGAUGGUGCCCCGAACAUAUUGGAUUCCAGUUACGCCUAUUGGUGCAUUCUACAAACAUAUGCACAUCAACUUUAUCUUCUUCUACAUCGCCCCUUCCGCCAUUCUCAGUCAUCAUACUUCCUUGCAACAUCCAGAGAGAGGUGUAUAGCUUCCAGUGCUGCCUUACUAGGAAUCCAUCGCCAGAUCUACGAAGUUCCACUGCUUCGACCUUAUCUCUGGUUGCUUAGAGGAGUCACGAGUUUAAAGGCACUUCACGCUGCCGUGGCGCUCAAUUCGUGUCUUCUGGAUAUGCCAUCGUCUUUUGAUUCAAGCUCGUACCGGGAGGAGUUAAACUUACUUGUGCUUCGAAUGGAGAGCCUUUCUCGUCGAAGUGCUAUUUGCUUGAAGGCGCAUCGCAUACUUCUUCAAUUACAGACUCAAUUCGGCGCAGAAAAUCCGCAACUACCAAAUUCGGGGACUCGGAUCGAGAGCACAAUUGAAGACUGGACUGAUAUGCGGGAAUGGUUUGGACCGGAUCUUUUUAACUGGAAUUUAGAUAAUGUUGGCAAUCUUCCUGCAGUUUGA